UACUUCUCCUAUAACUAAUCUCCAUACUAAUUCCAUAAUCAAUAAGACAAGAAUAGUAAUAUCUCACCCUCCGUCUCGUUUUCUCCUUCACCUUCCACAUUAAUUAGAUAAUGAAUACUAAUCUCGGUUUAAACAUCAUCACUCUAGUGACGCUAUUGAUAAAUUUAACCCCGGCCUUAGUCAAAUCAGAGGAAGGCAUUGAUGUCCUUUUACCCAUAUCACUCAACCUCACCGUCCUAACCGAUCCCUUCUCCAUCUACACCGCUUCUCACGACUUCGGUAACAUCACCGACCAAAACCCCGGCGCUGUCCUCUGCCCUUCCACCCCCGCAGAGGUCGCCCGUCUCCUCCGAUUCUCUUACGGCGGGGACUCAACCAGCACCUCACCGGGUUUCACGGUGGCUGCUCGCGGCCAAGGCCACUCUCUUCGUGGCCAAGCCUCCGCACCUGGCGGUAUAGUCGUGAACAUGACGUGUCUCGCCAAGGCCGAUAAACCAGCGGCAGUUGUUGUCUCAGCCGAUGGGACUUACGCUGACGUGGCGGCAGGGACGAUGUGGGUGGAGGUUUUCGAGGCGGCGGUGCAGAGAGGCGUAUCGCCGGUUACUUGGACGGAUUAUUUGUUUCUCAGCGUCGGCGGGACGUUGUCGAACGCUGGAAUCGGUGGUCAGACCUUUAGACACGGCCCUCAGAUUAGUAACGUUCAUGAGCUGGACGUUAUUACCGGAAAAGGUGAAAUGGUGACUUGUUCUCCACAGCUAAACCCUGAAUUGUUCUAUGGAGUUUUAGGUGGUUUGGGUCAAUUUGGUAUUAUAACGAGAGCCAGAAUUGCGUUAGGUCAUGCACCAACAAGGGUCAAGUGGUUACGCAUACUCUACAGUGACUUCUUGGCUUUUACAAGAGACCAAGAGCGUUUAGUAUCAAUGGCCAAUCAUUUUGGAGUUGACUUUUUGGAAGGUCAACUGAUGAUGUCAAACGGUAUCGUAGACACCUCUUUUUUCCCACUCUCCGAUCAGAUAAGAGUCGCCGAUCUUGUGAAUGACCACCGUAUCAUCUAUGUUCUUGAAGUAGCCAAGUAUUAUGAUAGUACCACCCUUCCCAUCAUCACUCAGCUGAUUGACAUAUUAAGUAGAACUCUAAGUUUCACUCCCGGGUUCAUGUUCAUGCAAGAUGUUCCUUAUUUCGAUUUCUUGAACCGUGUCCGAAAUGAAGAAGAUAAACUUAGGUCUUUAGGGUUAUGGGAAGUUCCUCAUCCAUGGCUUAACAUCUUCGUCCCGAGAUCUCGAAUACAAGAUUUUCAUAAUGGUAUUAUAAAAGAUCUUCUUCUCAACCAAACCUCAACUUCUGGUGUUACUCUCUUCUAUCCCACAAACCGAAACAAAUGGAACAACCGCAUGUCCGCGAUGAUACCGGACGAAGAUGUUUUUUAUGUGAUCGGAUUUCUGCAAUCAGCUGGUGGAUCACAUAAUUGGCAAGACCUCGAAAUUCUCAAUAACAAGAUAAUCCAGUUUUGCGAUAACUCGGGCAUUAAGAUUAAAGAAUAUUUGAUGCAUUACACUAGAAAAGAAGAUUGGAUAAAGCAUUUUGGAGCAAAAUGGAGCGAUUUCUUGAGGAGGAAAAUGAUGUUUGAUCCCAAAAAGCUAUUGUCUCCGGGACAAGACAUUUUCAAUUAACUUAUAUACAGUGUAUCUUAAAUAAACUUUUUAAUUAAAUUUAGAACGUUUCAUAACAUGCGCCAAAGACAU